UGCUACACGAUGGUUCUUUGUCUUUGAUUAAGUCUUGGUUUCCUGAGUACUGAGAGCAUAAAUCACAGUCUCUGUCUGUAAUCGGGGAGGAGCUUAGCGCAAAAGUAACAAUCGUUGCGUCUCUCCUAUCCAGAAUGUCGUUCACAAACCUGUGGGUAAACAAUUCGACUGACUCUCGCGACGACAGCCUGCCUAUAACGACGUCGCCUUCUCCUUCACAUUAUGACAUCGUAAGCGACGAGCAGUGGUACAUUGUCCAAGUGGUCAACGGAGUGGUCCUCUGUGGUCUCGUCAGUCUUUUCGGCGUGGCUUCUAACAUCAUCAACAUCGUGGUGUUUGCCAAGCAAGGCUUUCAAGACAGCAUGAACAUCAGCCUCAUGGGUGAGAUGGAAAUAAUCAAAUCUACAGUUACUUACAACUAUAGUGUGGUCAAAAAUUCGUGAAGCAACUCGUUGUCAAAUAUUUCCUAAAUUAUCAAACAUAGAUUCGCCAGCUUUUGCACGAUUACUUGAAUCAAUUCGUCUUAACAGAUCAAUAUUUUUGUAAACACCUGUUAGCUGUAUUC